GGUAUGAGUUGAGGGUUGCCGAGGUGGAGUUCAAAGGGGACAGAAGAGUGAGCUGGAGCUAUUUUGUGUCGUUGUUGGCACCAGCUGAAACAAGGGAUGAGUCUGUAUGAUUUCUACGAAUGUUCAGCGAGAAGAACUGUAGGUGUCAUCAAGUGAAACUGUAACUCAUCAAUUCGACUCGCAAUUGUUUUUGAAAAUCUUAUAUUGAACAGAUUUCACAGAAAAAUGAGGGAAUGAAUGUUCAUUGCAUUUGUCCGUAAAAUCACUGCAUGAGUAGCAGUAGGCAAUGGGAGCUACUUGCUCAGGACAGGGAAGUGCUUUUGUGUCUGGAUCUUCUGCAUAUCCCUUCAAAAUCCUGCUUCUUGGUGAGCCUGGAGUAGGAAAGACAUUCCUGUUAAGGUGCUGGCAGUCUGGUAUCCAUAACGUGACAGAGCCUCUGACAAGUACAACACAUUUCAAUGUUGGAAUGAUUAAAACUGCUAAUGGACUCGUUUUCAUGGUGUAUGAUUUAGCAGGAGAUAUUGGAUUGAGACUGAGACCAUUUUUGGACGGUACUGAAGGUGUUAUCUACAUGUUCAAAGCUGCAGGUGUCAUUCGUGAUGAUGACGAAAGAACCCUUGAGCAGUUACUUCGAGAAAGGGAUCUGGAAAAUGCUCCAAUUCUAUUUGUUUCGAGAACAACUGAAAAUGUUCCCUCUGAAAGUGUUCUUUCUGAAAAACUCCUGAGCAAGUUAGAUGGUAGACGCUGGGACAUGACAGUGCUGGAAGACAGCAGCCAGGAAUCUGCCAACCUUGUCCUUUCCAUGUUGGAAAAAUUACUGAGGCAUAAUAAUCAAAAUCAAACAGAGGACAGAUAGCACUUGUUUCUAGCUGUAUUUUCUACUGUUGCUGUGAGUGUUUGAAAACCCUGUUGUAACCUCAAAUUUGUACAUAACAAAAAGGUUUCUGCAUCUCGCCGAUUUCGCUAUGUGUGUGCUAGGCUGAUGGGAAGGCAGUUCGCAGGUUCGGCUUUCUUGUUUUGACUCUCAGAUUUAACUCUUCAAACCCUGAGUUUUUUCCACCGUUUCUCAGAAUUUUUUCUACAGUCACCUAAACCUGGUGCACUAUGAU